CCCAGGAUGUGGGCCCUCUCUCGGAUCUUGAAAGCUAAAACCCCCACGAAAGCAGUAAAAGGCAGCGAGAAGAAUUAGGACCACUGGGACUAAAGUGGCUAAGACACAUCUAGUUUGGUGAGACGCAACAUGCAGGAGGACUCCAACUCUCCGUUUUCUCCCGUGGACAGCGCAAGUAACAGCGAAGGAGAGCAGGACUCACAGCACAAACGGAUCGGCAGGAAGAGGCGCUCAGGCCAAAGGGCUCACAGGCCCAGCACCGGGAAGAAAGGGAUGAAGAUUUCUCCCCUCGCCCAGAGCCUGGAAGAUAUUCAAACCCAGAGGGUGGUGGCGAAUGUGAGGGAGCGCCAGAGGACGCAGUCUCUGAACGACGCCUUUGCGACCUUGCGGAAAAUCAUCCCGACUCUGCCUUCGGACAAACUCAGCAAAAUCCAGAUCCUUAAACUGGCCACCAGGUACAUCGACUUCCUGUACCAGGUGCUGCAGAACGACGAGCUGGACAGUAAGGUGACCAGCUGCAAUUACCUUUCACAUGAGAGGCUCAGCUACGCUUUCUCCGUCUGGCGGAUGGAGGAGUCGUGGCCCCUGUCUGCUGGACCUUAGCAUUUGCUGCUGAGCAGGCACAAUAUUAUGCUAGUGGGAUCUCUACACAGUGCACCAAGAGCAUUUUAAAGUUGGCCUCGUGUUAGCAAAAGUCAAGAGCACUUAAAUACCAGGCUGGGGCGAUGGACAUGAAGAUACUUUGAAGUAAACUGGGACAUCAGACGACAACAGUCUGUGGAUCCAUUGUUCUCUAUUUAUUUGCAUGUCUCCUGCCUGCAAAGCUUCAAUUCCACCGUGUAUAUCGUGUGGCGGGACUGAGAAAUGAUUUUUUUUGUUAUUAAAAAAUGACGAAAACCGCGGACGAAGGAAUAUAAGCACAGAGCUUUGUUGUGAAAUAUUAUUUUUUAUAUUUGAAUUGGAACAUUAUUUCCGGAGAAUGAGCUCUGAAUGUUGUGAACCGACUUAUUAUUUUAAAAAAAAAGUU